ACUUCUAUUAGUUGAGUGUUGAAGUGGUAGCCCCACCCUUCACCUGUCCCUUCCUCAACAAGUGUGGACAAGACGAGUAGCAGUGGUGUAGCCUGUGAUUGCCGCGCAGGAAGUGGUAAGGUGUGAGUCAGCAGCAGCGGGCCAGCGGCACGUCAGCCUAGGACAUCAUCGCAGCCCUCCACAGGCGAAGCACCAACACUCACUCACCGAGGAGUCUCACGGGAACACUGCCACUGCCAACCAGCCCACCCCAGCCAGCGUCCAGUCCACGAGGUUCCCUGCAGGACUGGCCGUGGUUUGUGCUGGUGACAGUGGUGUGGGAGUGGUGGUGGCCGUGAACCCUGGCAGCAGUAUGGGUGGCCAGAGGCAGCAGCAGCAGCAGCAAUCAGCCUCAGGUGUGGGGAGGCACAGGCGUGGUGGCAAGGAUCAUCAGGAGACAGGCAGCUCUCGCCACACAGGACAGAGUAGGUUGGAGUGCCAGCAGUGUGACAAAACUUUUACCACCAAACAACACCUCACCACACACACCCUGACACACAGUGGUGUUAGGAAUUAUGAGUGUGGUGAGUGUGGGAAGAAAUUCACCACUAAAUCUAACCUCACCACACACAGCCUGACUCACAAUGGUGUUAGGAAUUAUGAGUGUGGUGAAUGUGGGAAGAAAUUUGGCAGAAAGUCUCACCUCAUAACACACAGCCUGACACACAGUGGUGUUAGGAAUUAUGAGUGUGGUGAGUGUGGGAAGAAAUUUUCCCUAAUGUGUAACCUCACCAAACACAGCUUGACUCACAGUGGUGUUAAGAAUUUUGAGUGUGGUGAGUGUGGAAAGAAAUUUACCCAAAAGUCUCACCUCACCUCACACAGCCUGACUCACAUUGGUGUUAGGAAUUAUGAGUGUAGUGAGUGUGGGAAGAAAUUUGUCACAAAGUCUCACCUCACCAAACACAGUGUGGUCAAGAUGAAAACGGGAAGAGCUGCACAAUUAAGUGUAAACACAGAUGACAAUCAGCUGGGAGAGGAACACCAGUGUGGUAAGUGUGAGAGACAGGUUACUGAUGACCAUGAAGCAAUAUGA